CUAACAAGAAAAGCAUAGGUGUGCCGGGGAGUAGAGUCUACAGACUCCCAUAUCAAUUGGAAUUGGAAUUCGUUCCAGUUUGCUUUGAGUUAUGACUGCUUCAGUUGAGGAGGAAAGGAUGGAGUAUUUACAAUGCACUUUUAUUUUGUGGGUUUUAUGCUUUGAAGCCAAGUACCUAUAUAUGCUUGCAAUAGACGGGAUUUGUGAAUUGGGCACAAUGGAAGAUGAUCAGUGGACCAUGGUGCAGAAAAAGGGGAGCCAAUUCGUGGUUAAUGAUCAACCUUUUUAUGUCAAUGGAUUCAACACUUACUGGUUGAUGGUAUUUGCUGCGGAUCAAUCUACUAGAGGAAAGGUCACUGAGGUGUUUCAGCAAGCUUCUUCUGUGGGUCUAACUGUUUGUCGUACUUGGGCUUUCAACGAUGGCCAAUGGCGAGCUCUUCAAAAAUCGCCAUCUGUUUAUGAUGAAGAGGUUUUCAAGGCCUUGGAUUUUGUUGUAAGUGAAGCAAAGAAGUACAAGGUAAGGCUGAUAUUGUCAUUAACUAACAACUGGGAUGCAUAUGGUGGAAAAGCACAAUAUGUGAAAUGGGGUAAAGCUGCUGGCUUGAAUUUGACUUCGGAUGAUGACUUCUUCUCUCAUCCAACUCUCAGAGGCUACUACAAGGCCCAUGUUAAGACAGUGCUUAAUAGAAUGAAUACCAUCACCAACAUUACUUACAAGGAUGAUCCUACAAUUUUUGCGUGGGAACUAAUGAAUGAACCACGGUGUACCUCAGAUUCUUCUGGGGCUAAACUGCAGGCAUGGAUAGAAGAAAUGGCGGUCUUUGUGAAAAGCAUCGAUCCAAAGCACUUGUUGGAGAUUGGGUCGGAAGGAUUUUAUGGUCCCUCGACGCCUGACAGGGUUCAGUUCAACCCAAACACAUAUGCUCAACAAGUUGGAACUGACUUUGUCAGGCACCACCAGGUUCUUGGUGUUGAUUUUGCUUCGGUUCACAUUUAUGCAGACUCUUGGGUUUCACAAUCGAUCACUGACGCCCACAUCCCUUUCAUCAAGUCAUGGAUGCAAGCCCACAUCGACGACGCUGACAACGUCCUCAACAUGCCAGUCAUAUUUGGCGAGUUUGGCGUCUCAUCAAAAGACCCCGGCUACAAUUCAUCAUUUAGGGACACCCUCAUAAGCACAGUGUACAACAGCCUCUUGAACUCGACCAAGAAAGGAGGGAGUGGCGGUGGAAGCCUUCUGUGGCAGUUGUUUCCUGAAGGGACUGAUAACAUGGAUGAUGGGUACGCCAUUGUUCUUUCAAAAUCUCUGGCAACUUCAAAUAUCAUAUCUCUGCAGUCUAGGAGGCUUACGAGCUUCAAUUCGUUGUGUUCUUGGAGAUGCCAUUGGGGUUGUAAGAAGAAGAUUCAUUCGGAUUUGGAGACGGCUCUCAAUCAUGAUGAUCUUUGAAUUAUUAUAUGCGAAAAUACAGAAAGUAAAUAUUUAUACAGUGACUAUGUAUGAACAAAGCUGUUGAGCAAUGAAAGAAUGGAAACUUACAGCUUAAAUGAUGGUAUUGUUUUA